AGCAGCCUCCUUUUACAGAGCAACACUCAUUGUAGAAUUGCCCACGCUAGUCACAGUGUCGUGAGUGUGUGUCUUUUCUGAGCGUGCCUGCGUGUGUGUGUGUCCCUGCGCAUGUGUGUGUCAGGCUGCACCGCGGCAGCGAGGAUAUGUAGCUUCCUGUAGGCAAGCCUGCCUGGAUCAUUCUGCCGCAUGUUGCUACCGCCACCAUUGCCGCCCCAAAGGAAUUCCCUGCUGCCGUGUGUGUGUCAGAGAGAGGGAGAAAGACAGAGAGAGAGAGAGAGACGGGGGAGCUGCCAUGUAGCACAGCCACACUGGAGGACAGUUGGGAGGACAUUAGCUUGCUCUCACACCGGAUUCUAACUCAGGAGCUGCAGUGUGUGGAAGACGUUGGUAGCUGUGUGUGUGUGUGUGUGUUAGAGGUAGGACAGUGGGGUCUGCUUUUGAUUCUUGAAGCGAUGGUGCUCCAGGAUUGUGCUUGUAUGUGAGGAGUGUUGUGUGUGUGUGGACAAGCCCGCACCCUGUGUGUGUUUGUGUUCCUGAUGCGGUCUGAGCGUGCGAGUCGUGUGUGUAUCGUGGUGUUGGAGGAGGUGGAGGAGGACGAGCCCUCGCCCCCACCUCACCCAAACACCUCUCUGGACCACAGAUCCCAUCAUGCACCACGCAGACCUCCCACACAGGAAGACAAGCCGUCUCUGCUGAGAGCCAUCUUCAAAGUGGACCCAGACGAAGUCCGCUCCCUCAUAUUCAAGAAGGAAGAUGUCAACGUGCAGGACAACGAGAAGCGGACCCCCCUGCACGCUGCUGCCUACCUGGGAGAUGCUGAGAUCAUCGAGCUGCUCAUCCUCUCAGGAGCCAGGGUAAAUGCCAAAGACAACAAAUGGUUGACUCCUCUUCACCGAGCGGUAGCUUCUGGCAGCGAGGACGCCGUGGCGACGCUGCUGAAGCACAGCGCGGACGUCAACGCCCGCGACAAGAACUGGCAGACGCCGCUCCACGUCGCCGCCAGCAACAAGGCGGUGCGCUGCGCCGAGGCGCUGGUCCCGUUGCUGAGCAACGUCAACGUGUCAGACCGGGCGGGGCGCACCGCCCUGCACCACGCUGCCUUCAGCGGACACCUCGAGAUGGUGAAGCUGCUGCUGUCCAGAGGGGCCAACAUUAAUGCGUUUGAUAAGAAAGACAGGAGAGCUAUCCACUGGGCAGCCUACAUGGGUCACCUGGAGGUGCUGAGGCUGCUGGUGUCCAGCGGGGCAGAGUUGAACUGUAAGGACAAGAAGGCCUACACGCCCCUGCACACUGCUGCCUCUAGUGGCAUGGCCAGCACAGUGCAGUACCUGCUGAGCCUGGGCGUGCAGAUCAACGAGCUGAACACGUAUGGAAACACAGCCCUGCAUGUUGCCUGCUACAACGGUCAGGACGUGGUGGUGAACGAGCUGAUCGCAGCGGGGGCCAGCGUCAACCAGGUGAACGAGAGGGGCUUCUCAGCGCUGCACUUUGCGGCGGCGUCCCGCCAGGGGGCGCUGUGUCUGGAGCUGCUGAUGAGCAGUGGAGCUGACGUCAACAUCCGGAGUAAGGAUGGUAAGACUCCUCUCCACAUGGCAGCUGUCCACGGUCGUUUCUCCCGCUCCCAGGCCCUCAUCCAGAACGGAGCAGAGGUGGACUGUGAGGACAGGAACAAGAACUCUGCGCUGCACAUCGCCGCUCGCUACGGCCACGAGCUCAUCAUCAACACGCUGAUUAACAACGGAGCCAACACCGCCAAGCGGGGCGUCCACGGAAUGUUCCCCCUCCAUCUGGCGGCCCUCAGCGGCUUCUCUGACUGCUGCCGGAAACUGCUGUCCUCAGGCUUUGACAUUGACACCCCAGAUGACUUUGGAAGGACCUGUCUACAUGCAGCUGCGGCCGGAGGGAACCUGGAGUGUCUGAACCUGCUGUUGAACACAGGAGCAGACUUCAACAGGAAGGACAGGUUUGGAAGGGCCCCCCUGCACUAUGCGUCUGCUAACUGUAACUACCAGUGUGUGUUUGCCCUGGUGGGCUCCGGGGCCAGUGUGAAGGAGCUGGACGAGCGAGGCUGCAACCCCCUGCACUACGCUGCUGCCUCCGACGCUGAGGGCAAGUGUCUAGAGUACCUGUUGAGGAACGAUGCCAACCCCGGGGUCCGAGACAGAGAGGGCUACAGCCCUGUUCACUACGCCUCGGCCUAUGGACACACACUCUGUCUAGAGCUGAUGACCAGUGAAACGCCCCUGGAUGUGUUGAUGGAGAUUCCAGGGACAGACGUCCUGAACGACUCAGACAGCCACGCCCCCGUCAGCCCUCUACACCUCGCAGCGUACCAUGGCCACUGCUCCGCCCUGGAGGUGCUGCUGGGCUCUCUGCUGGAGGUGGACGUGAGGACCCCUGAGGGCCGGACCCCCCUGACCCUGGCCUCCUGCAGGGGCCACUCAGAGUGCGUCUCCCUGCUCCUGCACCACGGAGCCUCCCCGGUGGCCAGGGACUACGCUCAGAAGAGAACGGCCAUACAUGCUGCAGCCAUGAACGGCCAUCCUGAGUGCCUCCGACUCCUGAUCAGCAACACCGACACACACACUGUGGACACACAGGACACCAACGGACAGAGCCCCCUGAUGCUGGCGGUGCUGAGUGGACACACAGAGUGUGUGUACUCUCUGCUCAGUAAAGGAGCCAACGUGGAAGCCAAAGACCGCUGGGGGCGGACAGCACUGCACCGUGGGGCAGUGAUGGGCCACGAGGAGAGUGUUGAGGCCUUGCUGCAGCGCGGGGGCAGUGCGUGUGCCAGGGACAGCAGGGGGCGGACCCCCUUCCACAUGGCGGCCGCCUGCGGCCACGUGGGGGUCCUGGGGGGUCUGCUGCAGGCCGCCUCCUCCUCCCUCACCCCCACGCCCAUGGCAGACCACCAGGGGUACACACCCUUGCACUGGGCCUGCUACAACGGAUAUGAUGCGUGUGUGGAGGCCCUGUUGGAGCAGGAGGCGUUCAGGAAGGCUCAGGGGAACUCUUUCAGCCCGCUGCACUGUGCUGUCAUGAACGAUAAUGAAGGAGUUGCUGAGAUGCUCAUCGUCUCUCUGGGUCCCACUAUCAUCAACGUCAUGGACGCCAAGGGCAGGACCCCCCUGCAUGCGGCGGCGUUCUCCGACCACGUGGAGUGUGUGUCCUUGCUGCUCUCCCAGGGGGCGCUGGUGAACACGGCCGACUCCCACACACACACCACCCCGCUGAUGAUGGCCGCGCACAACGGACAGACCAACGCCGUAGAGAUGCUGGUCAGCAGUGCCAAAGCAGACCUGGCUCAACAGGACCACCACAGGAACACAGCCUUACACCUGGCCUGCAGCAAGGGUCAUGAGACCAGUGCCUUGUUGAUCCUGGAGAAGAUCAGUGACAAGAACCUGGUCAACUGCACCAACACAGCUCUGCAGACACCCCUCCACGUAGCUGCCAGGAACGGUCUGACUGUGGUGGUCCAGGAGCUGCUGGGGAAAGGAGCCAGUGUGUUAGCAGUGGAUGAGAAUGGGUACACUCCGGCCCUGGCGUGUGCCCCCAACCGAGAUGUAGCCGACUGCCUCGCCCUCAUCCUCAACUCCAUGAUGCCGACCUCGCCCAUGGUCACCAUAGCAACGAUCCCCGGGCUUGCGCUCGGCGGCGGGGUUGUCGAUCACCCCGGCAGCCGACAGUCGAAGGGCGUGGCUUUUGACGCUCCGCCCCCCCUGAGGCCUGACCACACCUCCUGCUGCAGGCAGGACCGCCCACUCUCUAUCGAAGACGAGCUCAACGACUCAGACUCCGAGACUUACUGAGGACACACCCACCCCUCCACCCCCCCCCCCCCCCCCCCCCCCCCCCCCCCCCCCCCACCACCACCACCACACGGGUGGGAACUGGGACACGCCCACUAUGGGACACGGGACACGCCCACUAUGGGAUACGGGACACGCCCACUAUGGCCACAGCCGUUGAAAAGGUUGGUGAGCCAACAACUCAGGGCCUUAAAACAAACUGAGGGAAGAGACAGGUCUACGGUGUCGGUCUGAAGACUGAAGAAGUUUCUGAAGUCUCUUCUUCAGGACGAACAAGAUACAACAUCAUGAGCUAUGUGCUGUCAUCCAUCUGACUAGCAUGGCGGUCCAGUUUCUGACCGGAAAGGAGUUUUCGCUUCGAUUACAAUAAAGUGUUUUUGAUUUUCUGUCUCUGCUGGGCUUCCCCUGAAGACUCCUUCUACUGAGUCCCACCACGCAUACUUUGCCUUCUGUAACCGCGGCUAUGCCCAGUCUGUAACCGCGGCUAUGCCCAGUCUGUAACCGCGGCUGUGCCCAGUCUGUAACCGCGGCUACGCCCAGUCUGUAACCGCGGUUACGCCCAGUCUGUACAGAAAGGGCAGAGGGACAAUCUCAGUCCAAGGGACCAAGAGACUCAGGUGUCUGAUCUAAUCUCCCCUGUGACCCCCCCCCCACCUCUGUUGGUCUCAUUGAUGACUGAGAUGGAACUGAAGCCUGGUUCAUACAUUUCUGAUGCUGAGUUGAUUCACCUGAUCACUGUGUGAUAGAGUGGACUUAAGAUUCAAGUGAGUCAGUUCACAUCGGCAGGCCAGUGUAGUAAGAGCUGUCUGAUUUAAAACAGGAGUUGAUUCUCACAAUGGAGGGAUGUAUGUAUGUAUGAAUGACUGAUGUUGUUGUAGUUCUCACAGGAGGGGGGGAGGGGGGGUCAUUUGGAUGUUAACACUAAGGCCUCUCUGUGAAGUUCCUCUGGUGCAGAGCAGCUACUGCAUUAGGGAGGUGCCUGUAAGGGUUGCUGCUGGACUGGCUGAACUAGGAUGACGUUGGUCUGAAACUCACACCCUCAGAGGAGGAGCUUAACUCAUCUCUUAGUUGUGGGCUGGGAAAGCUGUUCUUCUCAACUUCCUGUCUGUGUACUGUACUGGAGACAGGAAAGAGAGUGUGUAAAUGUGUGUGCAAUACAGUUUGUGUACGAUACCAUGAAUGUGUGUGUGUGUCUGUGUCUUUGAGGUAUGUUGGCUUUUUAGGCACAUUCAUGGCCACUGGUUUAACGUUCUUAAAUAAUACUAUGUAAAGGAUAAAUAAAUUUCUUUUGAAA